CCUGCUCCGUGUACAUCACGUCUGCAUGCAUGUGCUCUCUUCCAUCCACGUUGUGCGUCGAGAUAAAGAUGGCAUGCCGACAGGCACACUUCAGAGCAUCCGUGUCCAGAAAAUUGGGAUAUUACCGCAAUAAAAGGACUUCGUGCCUUCGCUCGUCGCCCAUGCUCGACCAUUCCUAGCCAGAUGAUCCUCUUCGCGAAGGUGCCCUCGGUGUAAAGCCCGCCAUAAGUCUCUCCUUACCCUGACUGGACUCGGUUUUCGCCCAUCUCCUCCCCCUUCACUCUGAGCGCAGGAUAUCCGCCAUGGGGGAGCUCGACAGAACGUAUGGUGCCGUGCUCAUAGGCGCGUUCAUCUCCGCGGUCUUGUUCGGUAUAACCAACCUACAGACGUUCGUUUACUUCCAAAAGUACCCCUCCGACAGGAUCUGGAACAAGAUCUCAGUCUGCUGGCUGUGGAUGCUCGAUGCCGCUCAUCUGGUUCUGUGUAUCCACCUGGUGUAUUGGUAUCUCGUCACCAACUACCUCGAUCCCCUCGUACUUCUAGACAUUGUCUGGAGUUUCAAGGCACAGAUCAUCGUGGACGCGAUUGUCAUUGUCUCGGUUCAUACCUUGUACACCAUUCGGCUGUGGAAACUCAAUGCUGCAGACAACCGAAAAUCAGCCUUGCGCAAGCUUCUGCCCCUAGCAGUCUCCGCGAUCGUUCUCUUCGGUGGAUACGGCUCAGCAAUAACACUCUGCUACGAGAUCCUGCAGUUCGAGUCCUACACCGGCCUACUCGAAUCCCGGUGGGUCACGUACCUCCCCCUCGGCGCGGCGACCUUCAUCGACGUGAUCAUUGCGCUCUCGCUGUGCUACUUCCUCGAGCGGUGUCGUGUCGGCUCGACAAGCAUGGACUCGACAAUCACCGUGCUUAUGCUGUACACGCUGAACACAGGUGUCAUCACGAGUCUCUGCUCCCUUACGGCGAUCAUCACGAUGACUGCGCUGCCUACGACGUUCGCGGUGAUCAGCGUCGAGUUCAUGCUCACCAAGCUCUACGUCAACUCCUUCCUCGCCAUGUUCAACGCUCGGAACAAGCUCCGCAUGCAAAGCUCUAUUGUCGACGCGGAAGGCGCCCUCGUCCACCCGUACCCACUCGCCUCCGAGUCCUCCGCGCGCUCCCGCGACCACAAAGCCGCUGCGGGCGCGUUCUCCUUCAGCCCGACCAACUCCACCGGGCACUCCGACCUCCGCGCCAGCUUGCGCCCGACCGCGCGCCGGCGCUCGACGUGGACAUCGAGCACGGGCUCAGCAUCCACUUCGUCGGGGGAGCUGCGAGGACAGGGAGUCGGACGUGGUGCCGAGGACGCCCGCGCAGACCGUCGUGCGGGUGAUGGGGCGCAGGCAUCCGCCCCGCUGGACGGCGCGGAGCCGUACACGCAGUUCGGGAGGGCGCACGUGCCGAGGCGGUCGGCGUACGACGUGUUCGCGACGAGGACGCGCGGGAGCACUGCUCAGGGACGUGGACGAGGUGUGGCCCGGGAACGGCUCGCAGACGUGGAUGCAGAUGGAGUAUGGGUUGCGUGCGCAGACGCCGAGCGAGCUGAUCGGAAUGGCGGUGACAAAAGAUGCGUGAGGACGUUGGUGUCGAUGGCGCACAUAGAUAGAGACACCUGCGUUCGCGCAUGAGGGUUGCGACUCUGACGGUGUCGUACGGGUGUGCUGGUAUCGUGCCUUUCCUUACUUUGUGGUGGUCGAAGUU